AUCUUUGCAUGAUUUUUUACUUGCAAAAGGGGAAGUGAACAGUUUCUUCCAUAGAUAGAUAGAGAGAGAAAAAAACUCCAUUGUUAUUGUUAACCUUUUUCACUUUUAGGCGUAUCUGUGAUAUACCCAAUUCGCCGAAUCUUAUAGUUUAGGGUUUAGUUUUUUAGUUACAAAAAAUACUAAUUAAUAAUUAGGACCCUAAUUAGAUGCACAGUUUCAAAGUUACAAAUACAUACAGGUGAAAUUAUUUGGUAGUUUUCUUGUUGUUUGUGUUUCUCCACUCAGGUAAUUUCAAAACCUUGUCUUUGUUGUUUAGUUUUUUGAUUUUGAGUUUGAAUUAUUGUAAUUUAGUUAGUUUUUUUUCUUCUUAUUUUUGUGUUAGAUUGAAUUUGUAAUCGAAGGGUUGGAGUUAGUGGAUCAAGUUAGGAUUUUUUUUUUUGUUUGAAUUGUUUUGAAUUGGUUUUUUGUUUUUCAUCAAUUUUUGGGGCGGAUUUUGCCGUUGGAAGUAAUUUUUUAUUCAAUUUUUUUUUUUGGGGGGAAAUGUUGUGGUUUGGUGAGUGGUGAAUUUUGACAAAAAGUUCUGCUAGGCCUUGGCGGUUUUGAUUAAGCUAAGUAAGUUUUUUGAAAAAAAGUUAUAAUUUUUAUUGGCUUAUUGAAUUGCUUUACCAGGAGCAGAGUUGUCUCUGGGAAGAGCAUGUACAGUUUCUGCAAUGCUGGGCUUUUUGGGGGACUAUAGGAAGAAUUGUGGAGACUAGAGAGUUAUUUGUUUUGUUAGAAAGCUGGUGCCAUUAACGGCCACUUCAAUCUACUUUAAGAUUACGAGAUUACGUUGACUGUAGAAUUUGUAGAGCAUAAAUGUCCACAUUCGGCAUAUUGGACUGCUAAAAGUUCUUGUUGCUCAAGGUCCAGAGUUCUAUUUGGCUGCUGCACCUGAGCUUUUAUAUUUGAGCGCAUGUAUAUAGAUACUCUUCUAGUACAUAGAUAGUAAUGGAACCAAAUUCCACAAUAGCAUUGGAUGGAGCUGCACUCAAUCUGAAGCGAAAGCGGGACACCCGAUGUGUUGCACAUCUGACUGGAUCUUCGGCACCAACAAACUUGGUUAUCAAACAAAUGAGAUUGGUUGGUAGUGAAGGCAAACCGGCCGACUUUGGUUCUGGUAUUUCAAGGUCCUUGGUAAGAUAUUAUUUGAACUAUAAGAAAAGCGGAAUGCCCAAACGUUUGAUGUUCUAUAAGAACGGUGAAUGGUUUGACUAUCCUAAGGAUGUUGUUGACUUGGUUAAGAAAGAUUUCGAAAUAAAGAAGGCAGCUGUGGAAGUAGAGUUAGAUGGCCAGGAUGUUGUGCUAGAUUUUUUGCAUAUGUAUAGUGUGGACUUGAAAACGGGUUUGCAACAACCCAUUGCUUGGAUUGAUGAGGUGGGGGGCUGCUUUUUCCCUGAAGUGUUUGCUGGUUUUGAUGAAGAACCCAAUAAUUUAGGCGAGCAGGAGGGUGGAGAAAAUCACGAUGCCAAUGAGCCACAUGAAAUAAAAUUGCAUUUGUCAAUUGAAAUAAAUGGGGCGGAUGAAUCCAAGUUGGGGGAGUAUAGUGGGGAGUCUAACGUUGUUGCCAAGGAUGUAGAAGCUGACAGUCAUGAUAGCAUGAACAAAAUGGGCAGUAAAAAUGUUGUUGCAGCUAUAAGGCAAGAUCAAGACGUAGACUUAGAUGCUUAUACUGAAUCUGCAUAUGGAAAACUGGAUGUGGAUUCUGUACAGAAGAUGUUUCUUACAGGAAUGACUACUUUGGGCGUUACUAACGCUGACAUAGUUGAGAUUUACCGCAGCUCAGGCCUUUCAAUGCAAGCGCGACUGGACUUAUUUCAGAAGCAAGCUGAAAUCACAAAAGGAGUUCAUGGGGAUGCUAAUGUUCGAUAUGCAUGGCUUGCUUGUUCUAAAGAGGAACUGUCUACAAUGAUGGAGUAUGGGCUUGGUCACAAAGGACUAUCUGCAUCCAAAUGCAUAUAUGGCUUUGGUGUUCAUCUUGCUGCUGUUAGCCACCCUUAUGCCUGUGCACCUUAUUUUGAUGUUGAUGAAAAUGGGAUUAAGCAUUUGGUUCUUUGCCGUGUCAUAAUGGGGAACAUGGAGCUUCUUCGUCCUGGCAGUGGUCAGCUUCGUCCAAGUGGUUGCGAAUAUGAUAAUGGAGUGGAUGACAUUCAGUGCCCAAAAUACUAUGUAGUUUGGAAUAUGAAUAUCAACACUCAUAUCUAUCCAGAAUUCGUUGUCAGCUUCAAGGCCCCUUUGGAUGCUGAAGGAAAUGGUUGUUCAACUGAGAGUAAGAAAAAUGGUUCUGGGGAUUCUACAGUGGACACUGGAAAAGCUGCCAGUGUGCCUGCUAACACCCGAAGAACUCCGAAAUCCCCUUGGCUACCUUUUCGCAUGCUUUUUGCUGCCAUCAGAAACAGGGUUCCUCCCGAUGCUAUGUUUCUUAUCAGAGCCCAUUACGCACAGUUGACGUCAAAGAAGAUUUCCCGUGCUGAUUUUGUGAUGAAGCUGAGGUUAAUUGUUGGAGAUGAUCUACUGAGAUCUGCAAUAACUAACCUUCAAGUAAAGGGACCAGAUGGUGAAUUGAACGGCGCAAACAUUAAGCAAGAGUGAGUGAGGCUUUUGAAUGAGGAGACAUAGAUCUUUCACUUGGAGUUAACCAUUGUCAACAUGAAGUUGUGAUAUUGUUUUGCUCCUGGAGACAUUUUAAUUUCAUUUUAUCAUCCUUAAUUUCCAGUUUUUAUCUGGAACUGUAGCACAUGUUUGCUACUGGAACUUCAUAAGGGCUUAUUUUGAAAUGUCCGAUGAUCAGAUGUAAUGUUAACUUUCAUAUUUUCUGGUUGAAUAAUAAAUUCAAUUAAUUGGAUAUUCA